AUGGAAGAAGAAAGUUUGGGAGAAACUCUCACUGCAGUUCUGAUAAAUUUUGAUGCUUUUGUUAUGGAGGGCUACGUGGAAACUAUACACACGCUUGAGGGUCUAGCUAAGCCUUCUAUAGUCGAGCCUCCAAAGCUUGAGCUUAAGCAGCUCCCAGCACACUUGAGAUAUGAGUUCCUUGGUCCGAACAAGACAUUGUCAGUGAUCAUUUCAGCAUUAUUGACUGAGGAACAGGUUGAGCGUUUGGUGGAGAUUUUGCGCGAGUACACACGUGCUACUGGGUGGACCAUAGCAGACAUUCGGGCUAAAUUUGUGUUCGAUGACAAGUGCCAAAAGGCGUUUGAUGAAUUAAAGGAGCGCCUCACUACUGCUCCUGUGAUUGUUACUCCAGAUUGGUCCUUACCUUUUGAGCUGAUAUGUGAUGCAAGUGGCUUUGCGAUAGGUGUUGUGCUUGGCCAGAGGCACAACAAAAUUAUGCACCUGAUCUACUAUGCUAGUAAGACACUCAAUGUGGCGCAGAUGAACUACACGGUGACCGAGCAAGAACUGGUCGCAGAUCACCUCUCUAGACAUGAAGAAACUGGGGUGUCUGCAGAAGAACUUUACAUAGAAGAUGCAUUUCCAGAUGAGCAAGUUUUGGCGGUGUCUAUGCAAGUGGCACCUUGUUUUGCUGAUUUUGCUAACUACUUGGUGACUGGUGUCAUUCCAGACAAGAUAAAAUCAUAUCAGAAAAAGAAGUUUUUGCGGGAUGUUCGUCAGUACUAUUGGGUUGAACCAUACUUAUUCAAAACUUGCGCUGAUAACAUUAUUCAGCGUUGUGUCCCAGAGAGUUUUGGAAAUUUUGAAGGCUUGCCACGACUCUUCGGUUGGGAGACAUCAUAG